AUGGAUGUAUCACGGCCAUUUCUUCUCCUCCUGUGUGCCCUCCACCUGACCUUGACUGGAGUGUUGAGCAAACACAUAGCUCACAGAAACCUGAUCACACAGAGACUGUGCUGCAAAAGACAGAGCCACCUUGUUUACAUCGGACAAGACAUCUCUGGGAGUCCUGUCAGUGUGGAUGUGGGGAUCUGCAGGUCGCAUUGUGGAGGAGCAUCCAGGCCACCACAUGAAACAGGAGCACAGGAUUACUCCAAACACUCAUCAAUGCUGGAAUUUCUCAGGAGCAAAAAAGUGAGGACUGGCACACCUGCCUCUCAGGACGACCCGGAGCCGCUCGGCCAGCUGCCAUCCUGCGGGAUGAACCAGGUGUGCGGGCCGACCGGCAUGCGUGUGGACCGGGUCCUUCUGUUGGAGGGGCCCCGGGAGGUGGAGGUCAUCGAGGAGUGCCACUGUGAGGUCAAGCUGACUCAGUGCAUCAGGGUCCCCGCACUGAGGACCUACCACUACGAGACGCCGUAUGAGACGGUCAUCGACGUGGGAGGAUGCUCCCGGUCCAAGGGCUCACCAGAGGGAUUCUCCUGUCUCCCCACUAAGUUUGACUCAGUCUUGGUGGAAACCCCCAACAAAGCAGACCUUAUCCAGACAGUGGUGAUCUGUGAGCUGAAGGAGAGCUGCUACAGGGUCCCAUACGUGGAGUAUUACUAUGAAACAGUCCACCAUGCAGAUGGAGUAAAAGAGGAGAGGCUCAAAGAAAUAGAUGUGGGCAGAUGUUUGGGAGGCUGCACUAUAGGAAACCGAUGCCUUCUCAGGAGUCAAUCUGAUCCUGCAAUCUGCCACUUAUGGGCUGAAAGACAGUCCAGCUCCUGCUCUCCUCAGGGCUACGAGAGCCACAGCUUCCUCAACCAGCAUGGUCAGAUACGCACCAUCCUCUCCAUCACCUCCUGUCUUUGCCAGAGCUGA